GAAUGACAUGCAGCUGCUUAAGGAAAACACAGUACAGUAGUUAGCCUCGAGGCUAACACGAAACUACUAGUUUCGAAAUGAGUAUUUAUCUAGCUAAUUAAUAAGACGUUGGUCUCAGAGGAACGAUAAGAAGGUUCACAUGAUCUCUGAGGAGCAUUUGUGCUCUGAUAGUGAUUGACUGAGUUUCUGUCAGUAUUUGGUUUCUGGGUAAAAUCAGCUCCUCCUGUUUUUAUUACACUCCUUUACUUUCACAUUCGGUUAUAAUGCAGUUCAGCUCUGCUCGCUGUUCAGAACAGGCUGAUACCCGCGGGUUCCUCACACAGAUGAAGAUAAAAUGAAUCCUAAGAAUGACAGUUCCCAAAUGAAGCAAAUCCUGAAUCCUGACUUGAAUUCUGAAAGCAGCUCAAAGAGAACUGACCAGAACAUAGACCAGACCCAGAAGAAAGUGAACUCAAAAGAAGCUGAAGGGAAAGGAUCGACCUCGAAAGUAGAAAAUCUGAAACUCGACGCUCUGAAAAUAACAAACUCAGAAGGAGCUGCUGGUAAAGGAGGAGACGGGUCGCCCCAAGGUGGAGAAAGCUCAAAAGUACCAAACCCGCAAAAAGUGAACUCAAAAGCACCUGACCAAAAAGGAUCUGAUCAGAAAGGACCUAAACAGAAAGGACCUGAUAACAAAAAAGCUGAUCAGAAAGAACCUGAUCACAAAAAAGCUGAUCAGAAAGAAACUGCAAUGGGUUCAACUGAAGGGCGUCCACUAGGCUCAAAAAGUUCAGACUCAAACACAACAGCCUCGCCUGGAACCAGCUCAAACGGCGCGCCACCAAACUCACAAUCAGUAAAACGCAAGCUCAGUCAGACCUCGUACGAUGAAGCCGCGGGCUGGGGGUCACCCCCCAACACUGGAGAGAAGCUGAAGAGAGAGCCAGAGUGCCACAUGGACCCGGACAAGCUGGAGCCGAACCGUGAUCACACUGUGCUUAUAGAUAUAAACGAGUCUCGUGAUGACAGAUUUGUUCCAUAUAAGGGUCAACCACAUGCUUGGGACAACCUACACGUGAAAUUACCCACAGAUUUUCCAAAGACUGGACCCAAGUCUCGUUGGGACGCGACAGUGAAUGCCUUAAAUUCUCUUAAGAAGAAAGCAUCCAUAAAAGAUGUAGCGAUGGCCAUUAUGUCUUACAAUCAAUCAUACCAAAGAGAAUGGAAGUUUCAUGCCCUUGAGACCUAUGUUGAGCAAGUAAACAAGCGUGAGAACAACUUUUCCAUCUUAAUCCCAAAGAUGGCAGAACUGGCAGUGCGGCUGCCGCAUGUCAUCCAACACGCCAUUCCACUACUGAAACAGAACCGCAGCCACGCCAUAACUCUGUCCCAGGGCCAGAUCUCCUGCCUGUUGGCCAACGCCUUCUUCUGCACCUUCCCUCAUCGCAACAGCACCAAGCCCCACAGCGAAUAUUCCAAUUUUCCCACCAUCAACUUCAGCAAUCUGUUCGGUGAACCGUCUCCACGGAAGAUAGAGAAGCUGAGAGCCCUGUUCCAUUACUUCAACACUGUAACCAAUGAAGAAACAAGACCCAGAGGACUGGUGACCUUUGAAAGAAUCUGCAUUCCACCAAAGGAACUUCCCAACUGGCAAAAGAAAACAGAGAUUUUGACCCACCUUCAGGUCUUUUCUGAAGGCUUCAUUGAGACAGAGGGUAAAGGCUUGCUGCAGGUGGAUUUUGCAGCCAAGUACGUAGGUGGAGGGGUGCUGGGUAACGGACUUGUCCAAGAAGAGAUCCGCUUCCUCAUGUGCCCUGAACUGAUCGUGGCCAGGCUCUUCACUGAGAAACUGGGCGACAAUGAGUGCCUGAAGAUCACAGGUGCCCAGACUUAUAGCGUCAGCUCUGGCUACAGUGAUACCUUUAAAUGGCUCGGUCCAUAUGAGGAUGAUACCAAAAGGGACAAGUGGAAAAGGCGCUUGUGUCAGAUUGUUGCCAUCGAUGCUUUGAACUUCCAUAACCCCAAGGAUCAGUACACGAAAGAAAAUAUACAGCGAGAACUCAACAAGGCCUAUGUUGGCUUUAGGCCAGAUCCAUCUGUUCCCCUUGAAUACACUCCUGAUAUUGCAACUGGAAACUGGGGAUGUGGAGCUUUUAAAGGUGAUCCAGAGCUCAAAGCUCUGAUUCAGAUGAUGGCUGCAGCUGUUGCUGGAAGAAGCCUGGCGUUCUUCACUUUUAGGAACAGUGCCCAGGCACGAGAGCUACGGCAAAUACACAAAUUACUGAAGACCAAACGAGUCAGCGUGGGUCGUCUGUACACACUGCUGGUGCGCUACUGUGAGGAGAAACAGCAUUAUAAGUCAAAGAGUGUGUUUGAGUUCAUCCAGGAUAAGACUGGGUCUGCCUCUAGUCAUCUGUGAAAGGUGAACGUAGACGUUCUGAGGAUCUCGGGAGGAAAACGUUGGAGAGACAGAUGCACUUCAUUUAUCUUCAGAUGCUGGAAGAAACUGGAAUGAAGGAAUUGAAUAAUCGUUUGGUUUCAGGGUUUUGUGUUAUAUCUGCAAUAUAAUUGGAAACUGAAUUCGUUUGCCUAUAGUGUUGCACUUUAUAUAAUGAUUGUAAAUUAGGUGUUUAUUUUUUUUAUGUGGUAUUAUCGUUAUGAUAUGCAAAUUGUGAUAACAGUACUCAAAUUGCCAAAAUUGUAGAUGUAGAGAUUGGGGUUGGGCGGUAUUCAUGUUUUUUUAUAAUCUGAAAAAUGACUGUGGUACAGGGUAUUAAUGAGGGUAGUUUCGCUUAGUUUUAACUUACAGAUGCUGUAAUUUCUGUAAUUGUAAGUUCCUAGUAGGAAACUGGUAGGAAGAGCUUCACCAACCCUGAGGUCAGAAUCCAAGAUGGCUGCCCUUCUCAUCAACAGCAGUGAAAACAGGAGUUUUAUACAGUUCAUUAUCCAUUCUUUAUGUUUGUGUCACAUUGAAUCAGUCCUUCACACAGAACCGUACAACUGUAAUAUAUUUUUAUUAGCUAGUAAAUAAGCUGUACCUGUCGUUAUCGCUACCUGGUGAAUAUAUUUAGUUCAUCUGUUAGUGAUACUACCUUUUCCGGUGGGUUAAAUGGGCCUAGAGCUGCAACAGCCUGGUAAUGACACUCUUCUUGACAGAACUGCUUUAAAAUUGAAUGUACUUUUUGGUUUUAUAGCAUUAAAUGUCUGCUUAAAGGGGACAUAUUAAGAAAAAAUAGAUUUUUGAAUUUACAGAAAACUGAAAAAAAAAAAUCAUUUUUCUGUGAAUCAGUUGAAAGUUUAGUUUGGUGUCAGGAAUCAUUUGCUUCUAUGAGCCGUUAGGAUGCUGUCUUAUUGCGAUUCACAAUAAAGAAACCUGUCAACCACCAUAAGCGCCCCACCCCAUUUUGGGAGAGAACCUCAGUCAGUAUACAGCUUUAGGAUCAGCCAGCAGACUUUCUCUGAGGGUGGGAUCUGUACCUGUUCUCUGCGUCUGCAAGUCAGCAGAUGUGAGAGGGAUAUGUAAGAACUUUCAAAUAAUGAGUUUUCUGCUUCUGUCGUAAUCAAGCAUUAACCAUUUAGUUCAAGCUAAUACUGACAUUUGAUAAAUGCUCAAAGUAUACAUAGGGUAUGGCCAGCAAUGGCUCAUUUGCAUAAAAGUGACAGAGCCCUUAAACGGCUCAUUCUGAAAGAAACUGAAACUGGGAAGAGUAGUGAUUUUGUUCAAAGAAAGGUCUAAUAUGUCCCCUUUAAACUGAAUGCAUCUGUUUUUAUAGCAUUACCACAGCAUCUAGUUUUCUUACUUUGAUCGGGCUUUUUUUUUGGUUUUGCCUUUUUGAUUUGGAUCUUUGUUGUCUUACUGAUUAAACUGAUUGUAUUUUAGCUUCAGAUCAUAAAGUAAUAAACAGAUCCCAAGGCGUCAAAACACUGUGCUACACUGACCCACUACCACCACCAUGUUUAAAUGUUAUUCUCCUACAGUUACUGUAGUGCCAGCCUUGCAAUGUGAUUGGCUUAGAGAUGUUCUAGGAAUGUUUUUCUUUUUAGAAAAGUGAAAUGAGCACUGAAGUUUCUUUGGUAAAUCAGUUCACUGAUAUUAGUGCUAAUUGUUUACUCGGUCAUCAACACUGUACUGUAAUUAUCUCAGGCUAGAUAGUGUUCAUCUGGAACUUUCAGCCAAUCCUGAGAAAAUUCGCCAAUGUUUAUAGUUUAUGGUAAUGCUCUCGUUUAUAAUUUAUAGAUAAUGGCUUACUAUGGGUCUCUUAGAACUUUAGAAAUUGUUUUAUAACCCAGUCUGGACUGAUAUAUUCUAACAGUACCAUCUUCCCCACCUUAUCUUGUCUAUUUUAUUUUUUAUUUGGUGUUUUAUUUGGUUAAAAACACUGUGGGAAUUAAAUCACUUAAUGGUAAACUUAAGUAUAAGUGAGGUUUAAUACAGAAUGAUGUUUAAUUAGACUUAAUAAAGGGGCAGUUCCUUUUUUUACUUUAAUUGAUUUUUUUAUGUUGAAUUUAUGAAUGUUUCUGAUGAAUACGAAAUGGUGUGAAAUACCAGCGAAAUUAGGUUUUCUUGAUUUUUUAUGCCAUUUUAUGUUCAUAAAUAUACGUUUUUAGAAUAUGUGUUCAGCAUUCUGAACGGAAGUAUUCAGUAUGGUUCAUUCUGAACAAUAAUUUGAAGAUGUAUUAUCAUUAAAUUAAAAAGAAACCUGCACAAAUAAUAAAUCAUACUUUACUCCA